AUGAUCACACCAGAAGAAACACCCCAAAAAGUUGACCUCAAUCUGGACGAAAUCUUAGGCCAAAUGUGGGAGGAAUAUGAUUGCCUGGGUCUGAGCGUGAAGGUGGAGGAGGAGACAGCCUCAGGUGCUCCCCCGCCCACCACCCCCACGCCCUCCAAGACGCCCACUACGCCCAUCACCCCGCCACCCUCCCAGGGCAAGAGGGAGCACGAGGCCAGGGAAGAGACUUCUCACCAGAAGGUAAAACAGCGACGGUCGAGGACGAACUUCACACUCGAGCAGCUGAACGAGUUGGAGCGACUGUUUGACGAGACGCAUUACCCGGACGCCUUCAUGAGGGAGGAACUGUCUCAGCGUCUUGGGCUGUCGGAGGCCAGGGUGCAG